UAAAAAGAAAACACCUAAAAACUGAAAUGUUGCUGUUCGGUUUAGAUAAUACACGACAUAUUUCAGCCUAUUAUGCGUACUGCCAUUAAGAUAGGCGGUAACAUUUUGCAAUGGCAUUUUCCUUUUAUAAAAAUAUUUUUUUUGCCCCAUGAUAUAACGAUUAAAUUGCAGAAUUCAUUUACAGAUGAUUUUAUUGGUACACUGGAUGAACAAAGUAUACAGCGAGCAAAAGAUGAACUAAAUGAAGAUGAAAAGAACCGACAAGGAGCUGUAGAAACAUUUAGGGAAUGGGUGAUACAGCAACAGUGGCUAAAAACACCGACAGAUACACGCUUUUUGUUGCGAUUUUUGAGACCUAAAAAGUACAGCCAACUGGAAUCAAGAAAGGCCAUAGAACAGUUCUGGAGGAGCAGAUCCCAAAUUCCAGAAUGGUGUAGUAACAAAGACCCCAGAGAUCCUGUAAUACAAGACGUACUUAGCAAAGGGUUUGUGAUGCGGCUGCCGAAGGCGGACAAAGACGGAAGAAUCUACCUUCUCCAAAGAGCUGGGUGUAUGGACGUAGAUUACAUUAAAAAUAAACUUGGAGGACCAGAUGCUAUAUUUAAAACGUUUUCUGUGAUCGUUGAUUGGAUAACGAUGGAUCCGAGGGCACAAGUGAAUGGAAUGGUCGGAAUAUUGGACCUUACUGGAUACGGCAUCCAGCACAAGCUGGUACUGCAUACGAUGGAAAAUAUUAGGAAAAUGUCUUCUAUGAUGCAGUCAAAUCCAAUGCGUGUGAAGGGGUUGCACGCGUACAAUCUUCCUCCAGCAUUUGAAGCCGUACUCGCAUUGAUUAAAACUUUUCUGAAGCCAAAGCUAAGAGACAGAGUAAGAACGCAUGGACGAACACUUGUUUCCCUGUAUGAGGAUAUAGAUAUGAGUGUUUUACCAAAGGAGUAUUUACCUGAUGAUUAUCCUUGUUGGGGAACUCUCGAAGAAAUUAUAGAAUACAACAAACAAGAGAUUUUAAAGCAGCCGGUAGUUGAUCACAUUAUGGGUCUGACUCAGGGAGAUUACGGCGUGGAUUUAAAGCUGAAGCCAUCAGGAGAGGACGUUCCCUCCGAAUCCUUCAGAAAACUAAAUGUUGACUGACUGGUGUCACAGUUUUAUUGCCUUAGUUUGUUACAUUAAUUUUAUUUUUCACUUUGACAUUACUUACAUUCUUAUACCAUUUUAUUUGUUAGAUGUUUACUGACAAGGUCUAAGUGCAAUAUCAUAAAUAAUGUUUUGUUUUAGAUGUUAUUAUUUUAGAUAGAAUUAUAGUUACGUAAGUAAACAUUGUCUUUAAAAUACUGUGUCACUUUUUCCGUGAAUUAUGAUUAUAAAUGUUGAAACAUUUUCAAUAGAAUCUUGAGAUUUUAUUUUGCCGAGUAUAACAGGAACGAAAUGCCUACUCAAUCUUUGAAAAUAUCACAACCGAAUUGUUCAAGUACUAACGUAUUAUCUAUUCAGAUGACAUUAGA